AUGAAUGUCAACGAAGAUUUGAGUUACGCGUUUGCUCUCAGUCGCCAGUGCUUGCGGUUGUUGGGCGUAUGGCCCGAUCCGCGUGUUCCCGUGAGUGACUUUCGCAGGCCCAGCUUGCGACCUAUCGUCUAUUGGUUUCCUUAUCCCUACAACUUUCAGAAGAGUCCGAAUUACGAACUCACCUUUUUUAUUCAGCUCUCAGGCGGUGCGUACACGGCUCUCAUUAACUGCACCGUCGACAGCUUCGUUUCGAUACUCGUGCUUCACAUAUGCGCACAACUGAAAAUUCUACGCAGAAAACUGAACGAUCUGGUCGACCAAUCCGCAUCUUCUUCAAAAUUCAAAAAAGGUCUGGCUGCGAUUGUUAUGCGCCACGAACAUCUCAUUAGGAAUGCAAAGUUAAUUGACAACUGCUACAGCGAGGUGUUGCUCGUGCACAUGCUGGCGCUAACUUUCCAACUGUGUUUUCAAACCUUUCAAGUUUACACGAUGAUAACGGAACAUUUGGACGUCACGAUUUUCAGACUAGGUUUCCUCACGUUCUACGUCGUUCUUGUGUUAUCGAACUUGUAUAUUUAUUGCUAUUCCGCCGAAAAGCUCGUGGAAGAGAGCACUAAUAUGGCGUACGGCAUGCACGAAUGCAAGUGGUACGACUUACCGCCGAAAGACGCGAAAGAUUUAAUGCUCAUUGUGCAUCGAUCUGCGGAUCCAUUAAAAUUGACGGCCGGAAAAUUCGGAACAUUUUCGAUUGAGAUGUUCGGAAUGACAGUGAAAACAUCAUUGGGUUACGUAUCGGCGUUGUUGGCAAUAAAAGAUUGACGGUAAUAUAAAAAAAACAAUACCUUAAAACAAUAUAAAUCACUUCUUUUUCAUAUGUGAUGUGUUUAAAUAGUGUACAUAUACGCACCGAUUGUAACAUAAAUCUUAUUGUUGUGCAACGUAUGUAUUUCUUCAUAACGAUCCAUACACUUCAUUUGCUUCGACUUAACAAUCUUAUUAACUGUAAAUGUUGAGAAUAUAAUUUUUAUGACCGAUAAAAAUCGAUUAUUCAUUCAAACAGCCGCCAAUUAAGUAUUCAUUGCAAAGCACAGCACGUCGAUAUCCCAAUCAAGCGAGCAAACCCGCUGAUAGUCGGAAAAUUCUAAUGUUAUGUUCGUAUAAUAUCCGAUUCAGUACAAAUGACUGCGCGCUAUUAGUCGUGUUACUCGUAUGACUGUCUAUUGUUCUUUGAUACGGUUUAGGAAAAGUGACAGAUGGCGGAAAAACCUUUCACGUACUGAGCACGCGCGUAAACUCGGUGGGUUUUUUGCGUGGCAAGUAUCUCAGUUCGAUCACGACAAUUUUCGAUUCACGACAAUUUUAGCUUCGCGAACUUCAAUGAAUGUCAACAAAGGUAGCUUGUUUAAAUCUCGAAAGUAAAAUACAGUAAAGAACAAUAUACAACAAAAAGGUUUCGGUGUUGUAACUAUUUUAUCAUAAAGUGAACGCGAUUUUAAUGUAAAAUUAAUCUUUACUCUUUGUAAAGAAUUAAACGCUGUCGAAACUAUUAAACCACGACUUUGUUGUUACAAAUAUAAAUUUUUAUUUUUUCAAAACACUUUAUAUCUAACUGAGACAAUUGUCUGCUACGUGACGGAAAGUUGCUCUCCAAAUUAUUAUAGUUGCAAAAGUAUAGAAACAUUUAAUUGGUACCCAGGCAGUUUAUAGACUCGUAUGAAAGUUUGCAGGAGUUUCUAUUCAACUUCAAAAAGCUAAAAAAAAA